AAGUUCGUAACGUAGGCUCUUACGUUUGCAAACUUUGAUUACUUUGUUUGGUGUCCUUCUCACUGACCCCUCUGGCCCUCACGAUCACAUCCCGGCUUCGCCUCCAUCUUAUAUAUAAACUGUGUUGGUCGACUGCCUCACUCACUUCUCACACCGAUCGAAAAUGGCGCAAAGAGUUGGUAGGAUAAAGCUGGGUUCUCAGGGUCUCGAGGUGUCGGCGCAGGGUUUGGGCUGCAUGGGCAUGUCCGCAUUCUAUGGCCCUCCCAAGCCCGAAGAAGACAUGAUUGCUCUCAUCCACCAUGCCGUCCUCACUGCCGGCGUUACCUUCCUCGACACCUCCGACAUCUAUGGCCCUUUCACAAACGAAAUCCUCCUCGGCAAGGCUCUGAAGGGAGGCGUUAGAGAGAAAGUGGAAUUGGCUACAAAGUUCGGUAUUAGCUAUUCCAAUGAGAAGAGGGAGAUCCGCGGCGAUCCGGCGUAUGUGAGAGCAGCCUGUGAGGGCAGCUUGAAGCGCCUCGACAUCGAUUGCAUCGAUCUCUACUACCAGCAUCGCAUCGAUACCCGCGUUCCCAUUGAAGUCACGAUUGGAGAACUCAAGAAAUUAGUAGAAGAGGGUAAAAUCAAGUACAUAGGUCUAUCCGAGGCCUCUGCAUCAACCAUCAGAAGAGCACAUGCUGUUCAUCCAAUAACAGCUGUGCAGCUAGAGUGGUCUUUGUGGUCUAGAGAUGUUGAGGAGGAAAUAAUUCCUACUUGCAGGGAACUGGGCAUUGGAAUUGUUGCAUAUAGUCCUCUGGGACGAGGUUUCUUUUCCUCAGGGUCCAAGCUUGUUGAAGAUUUGUCUAACGAUGACUUCCGAAAGGUUUUACCAAGGUUUCAACCUGAAAAUCUGGAGCAUAACAAAACCAUAUUUGAGCGUGUUAAUGAAAUGGCAACAAGGAAGGGAUGCACCCCAUCACAGCUAGCACUGGCCUGGGUUCAUCACCAAGGGAAGGACGUGUGCCCCAUACCUGGAACCACAAAAAUUGAAAAUUUCAAGCAGAAUAUUGGAGCUCUGUCUGUGAAACUAACACCAGAAGAAAUGGCGGAACUCGAAUCAUUUGCUUCGGACGAUGCUAUUAAGGGUGAAAGAUAUAUGAACGACUUUGCAACCUGGAAGAAUUCUGAAACUCCACCAUUUUCUUCAUGGAAGGCUGUCUAAGCUCUUUUUUCCGUUGAAUCUGGACUUUGUCAAUGCUGUCAUUGAGCUGUGUUGAGUUCUUGAUUGCUGAGUUUAUGUAUAUUCUGUUUGAAUGCUUUCAUAUCUGAUUUCAGGAAGAUCAGAACAAAUAAUUGGUUCCUUAACCGGAUCCCUGUAUGCAAAUGUGAACUCUUGUCAUUAUAGUGUAAAACAUGCCGGUAUCAUAGACUUGUUCGGUAUGAUUUACCUUUUGGAAGCAA